CGCUAACCCCGGAAGUUCUCGCUUUAACUCUCUGUUUAUGUCUUUGACGUUUCGCGCUCGUGCCCUGCGUGCAGCUUAGGGCGCCUUUAACCUUGGUGGCUUGUUUCAAGGGACUGCAAAAGUUCUUCACCAACGUGCCUAAAAAAAACAACAGGUUGACGUAGCUCAUUACUCUGUCGGAAGCAAUUUCGUCGAUAUGUCUCUGGCUGCAGAGGCGUUCGUCUCCCAGAUAGCAGCUGUUGAACCAUGGCCUGAAAAUGCAACUCUGUAUCAGCCUCUGAAGGAUGAUCAGAUAUUGCUUUCAGAUCACGCUUCAUCCCUUGCUGUGCAGGCCUAUUUGCGAAUGUGCACUCUGCCAGUCCAGGUGGCGUGUAGGGCCAAUGCAGAAUACAUGUCCCCAUCUGGUAAAGUACCUUUUAUCCAUGUUGGCAAUCAAGUUGUAUCAGAACUGGGUCCAAUAGUCCAGUUCACCAAAGCAAAGGGCCAUUCACUUAGUGAUGGACUAAAUGAAGUCCAGAAGGCAGAGAUGAAAGCCUACAUGGAACUUGUGAAUAGUAUGCUGUUGACAGCUGAGCUGUAUAUUCUGUGGUGUGAUGAGAACACUGCAAAGCAGAUCACAGUACCACGGUAUAGUACUCCUUAUCCAUGGCCUCUAAAUCACAUUUUGGCCUAUCAGAAGCAAUGGGAAGUCAAACGCAAAAUGAAGGCCAUUGGAUGGGCAGGCAAGACCAUUGAUCAGGUUUAUGAGGACGUGAGCCAAUGCUGCCAGGCCUUGUCACAGCGACUAGGGACCCAACCUUAUUUCUUUAACAAACAACCAACUGAGCUUGAUGCAUUAGUAUUUGGACACCUGUUCACUAUUCUUACAACAGAGCUGACCAGUGAUGCUUUGGCAGAGAGAGUGAAAAACUACAGCAACCUGUUGUCAUUUUGUCAAAGAAUUGAGAAGAACUACUUUGGAGAUAAUGACAGCUCUAGCAUAGUCGGUCGCAUUUCUCCUUUUUCUUGAACUGUAAUUCUUUUUGUGUUUGCUUCAUUUCCUUUAUGUUGCUUGAUGUCUUGUAGUAAUUCAUUGUUUUCAUUAACAAAAAAAAAAUGAAUAAAACUGUUAAAAGUGUAUACAAGCAUAUAAAAGCAUCAAAGCCAGAACAUUCUAAAAAACUUGUGCAUGAUAUUUAAGUGUACUGUUUAAUAGUGGUCAUCAUUUACAGUUGCUUACUGCUGUAUUAUGCAUGUGUGUGUUUCUUGACCUUGAGAAGGAAAGAACCCAGUAAUACAAACGACCUUAACUUUUAUUGUGACAUGAAGGAAGACAGAAAUAUCUGUAACAUAAUAGUUAAAACACGUGCUGUUUGUGAAAAACGAAAAUACGAUUGUGUAUUGGGAAAACAAAGCAAACUUUAAUGAGCAAAUUACAACUGAAAGAAGAGAAGAAAAAAAACAGUAAAUGCAAUGUGUUCCUGAUGCUUAUUCACAAAAUUCUUUGCUUGAAUUUGCAAUGUGUUUUAAGCAAGAGGAAUGUUCUGUUUUUAGCAAACUAAAGAAGCAUUAUUUUUACAAGAA